CAUUCUUGCACCAAUGAUGAUCCCGUAUCACUUUACUCUCCUCGGAUUCCUGGUUUCCCAGGUGGUACCCAGCUGGGCACAACGCCCUAACAUUCAGCUGCGCCUAGUGGGGCCCAGGAGUGAAGUUGGCGAAGGGCGGCUGGAAGUGCUGCACAAUGGACAGUGGGGCACAGUGUGUGAUGAUGACUUCAACAUCCAAGUGGCGGGUGUGGCCUGCAGGGAGCUGGGCUAUGAAGGAGCCACAAACUGGGCUCAUAGUGCCAAGUAUGGCCCAGGAGAUGGCCCCAUCUGGUUGGAUAACAUGCGCUGCUCUGGCACUGAAAGUUCCCUAGCUGAAUGUGAGUCCAAUGGUUGGGGCGUGAGCGACUGCAACCAUAAUGAGGACAUUGGUGUAGUAUGCACAGGUCUGAGACAACCCAGUCCUGCUGUUUUACACCUCCAGGGCUCCAAAGUGCAAGAGGUGCGGAUCAAGCCAAUCCUAGCCCGGGCCAAGUUAAGUUCCCCCAUCACAGAAGGUGCUGUGGAAGUGAAGCUCCAAGGACGCUGGCGCCAGGUGUGUGAUGCUGGCUGGACUAAAAACAACACCCGAGUGGUCUGUGGGAUGCUGGGCUUCCCCCGAGAAGGACGGGUGGCAACUGGCUUCUACAGGAAACUCUGGAACCAGAAGCUGAAGGAUGCAAGGUCAAGCUUAAAGAGCCUGAGUGCGAAGAACAUAUUCUGGAUCCACCGGAUCAAGUGCCAGGGCACUGAGGCCCACUUGGGGCAAUGCAAAUUGCAAGUUCCACCACCGGCUAAAAAUAAAUUUGCCUGCCCCCAUGGCAUGCAUGCUCUUAUCAGCUGUAUAGCUGGACCUGAGUUCCAGCCCAACAAAGCCAAGCAUCCUGGCCAGGCAAAGCCCAAAGAGAAACCCCAGGUGCGUCUCCGUGGAGGAGCACACGUAGGGGAGGGACGUGUAGAAGUGCUGAUGGGUGGCCAAUGGGGCACCGUGUGUGAUGAUGGCUGGGAUCUGCUUGCUGCCAGUGUGGUGUGUCGACAGCUAGGAUACGGUACAGCCCGCGAAGCUCUUUUAGGAGCCCAGCUGGGCCAAGGCUUGGGUCCCAUCCACCUAACAAGUGUGCGGUGCCGGGGUUAUGAGCGCUCACUGGCAGAGUGCAGUUCACACGAGGCAAGGCAGACCAGUUGCCGACAUGAAGCUGAUGCUGCUGUCCGCUGCAAUGUGCCCCAAACAGGUGUCCAUAAGCAGGUACGCCUUGCUGGUGGCCGCAGUCCAGAAGAAGGAGUGGUCGAAGUAUUGAUGUCCAGGGGAAGCACUUUACGUUGGGGUGCUGUGUGUGGGGAACACUGGGGGCUCAUGGAGGCCAUGGUUGUUUGUCGGCAACUGGGACUGGGCUUUGCCAGCCAUGCUCUCCAGGAGACAUGGUACUGGCAGGGCAACCCAGGUGCUACUGAGGUGGUGUUGAGUGGAGUGCGUUGCAAAGGCACAGAACACUCCAUCUUGCAGUGCCAGCACCAUGGACCUGUGCACUGCCCCACAGGAGGGGGGCGUUUUGCCGCAGGAGUCACCUGCACCAACAGUGCCCCAGAUCUAGUGAUGAAUGCUCAGCUGGUACAGGAGACAGCUUAUUUAGAAGACCGUCCACUAAACAUGCUGUACUGUGCCCAUGAAGAAGGCUGCCUUUCUGCCUCUGCUAAUCACAUGAACUGGCCUGAUGGUUAUCGGCGCCUACUCCGUUUUUCUUCACAGAUUCACAAUCUGGGACGGGCUGAUUUCCUUCCAAAAACUGGCCGCCAUGCAUGGAUCUGGCACCAGUGCCAUAGACACUAUCACAGCAUUGAGGUUUUUACCCACUAUGACUUAGUAACUCUCAACGGCUCCAAAGUGGCAGAAGGACACAAGGCCAGCUUCUGUCUGGAAGAUACUAACUGCCCAGAUGGACUGCAGCAACGUUUUGCCUGUGCUAACUUUGGAGAACAAGGUGUCAGUGCAGGCUGCUGGGACACAUAUAGACAUGACAUUGACUGCCAGUGGGUAGACAUCACUGAUGUGCCACCUGGGAGUUACACAUUCCAGGUGGUUGUGAAUCCUAAGCAUGAGGUAGCAGAAUCAGAUUUCUCCAACAAUGCCCUACGCUGCCAGUGUCAGUAUGAUGGACACCGCCUCUGGUUACAUGGUUGCCAUACAGGUGAUGAAUACGGUGCCAGUGUGGCAUGGGAUGAGGAGGCACAGCAGAGACUAGCCAGCAACCUUGUCUGAGGCAAGACAUUCCAUAAAGAAUUUAGGAUUCCCAAGAGUUCCAUCUGGAGCCAAUUCACUUAAGGCUAUGAGCAAUGUGACAAGAGCUGUAGCAGAGCUACAGCUGGCACGGACUGGCACAAGAACUAUUGUCUGCUGAAAGAUUCUCUUUCCCCCUCCCCAUACCUUGAGAUGACAUGCUAGAGUGAAUCCAAAGCCACACUUUCCUGCUGUGGCUUUUGUCCUUUCUUUCAGCCUGCCUGGUUUGCUUCUUGUAUUUAUUGAGACUGGCGACUAUGGACAGCUAUGAGGCUGAUAUGAGUGGGAACUGAGGGAGAGGGGCUUUGCUCUUUCUUCCACCUACCCCCCAGCCAUUAAAGUAGCACUGCUAAGAAGAGGUGGCCUCCCUCUUGCCUCUCUGGCAGAAGGGAUAUGGGAGCAGCACAGUCCAGAAGAACUACCUCAACCAGCUCCACCUGCUGAAGAUUUCCCCGCCUUGGGAACUGGUUUGUUUGGGGACAUACCAGCGCUACCUACUGCCCACCCCUCCAUGGAUGUCUGUGCAUCCAAGUAUCUACAGUCACCUGUGAGUCCACAAAGUCAAAACUCAAAAAAAAAAAAAA